AUGGCCGAGGAAUUUAAGAAGGGCACAGUCGACAAAGACGGCGUUACUGAAGAAAAAACGGCUUUCGAGACCGGUAUUCGUGAAAGUCAACGAGAAAGAAUACCUACCCUCAAGGGAGAAAGAAUACCAACGUCAGCUAUUACAAUGAGACUAUUCAAUUGCAUCCAGAGCAUGGCGAAAACAAGCGAAUAUAGCAGAAGCCGUUCUGGCAGAUUCAGCAGAUGUGUUUGUGUUACAACAUAA